AUGGCCACCGCGGACAACGUCGAGCACUUCUUCUCCCAGUACACCGACGCGUUUGCGCGAAAACUCUUCACCCCAGAUGUUGUGGAUUACACCGAUAGCGUGCAGUUCCUCAUGAACAACGGGACGCGGGCUUGUCCGAAGCCGCUGGGAUCCCAGACCUUCCCGAACCGGACGAGUCUCAUCGAGUCCCAGGGCGCGAUGGGGUCCCUGCCAUGGAAGAACGAGAAUGUCUUCUGGGAUUGCAAGAACGUGUUUAUCCGCUGGGUGUCGAACCAGCACCCCUUGCGCGUGCAGGGCAUUGCGAUCUUCCACACCGUCGCCUACCCUAACGCGACGCGCGAGAUUCCUUAUAAGAUCGAUCAUGUGCUUUCUGAAUUCAACAGCGGCGCAUGGCUCGUGAACCUGGGUAACUACCAAGGCGUUGGUUUCGCUCCUGGCUGCGAGGGUGUCCUUGUACCGAUUGGUCACCAGUCUUUGACGGCGUAA